AUGGAGCUGUACUUUGGUGAAUACCAACACGUGCAGCAGGAAUACGGUGUCCACCUGCGCCUCGCCAGCGACGAGACCAAAAAGCUGAGGAAUUCCCAGCACCCUAAGGCAGGCUCCUACGGGGUCAGUAUCCGGGUGCAGGGCAUCGAUGGCCACCCCUACAUCGUCCUGAACAACACAGAGCGCUGCCUGCCGGGCACACCUUUUCCGGAGAACGGGCCAUCCUUUCCACCUCCUGGGAUAAACGACCUGCCUGUGCAUCCCAGCAACGGGGCCGGACUAGACGAGGACAGUGCCGAGGACCUGCCGUUUCCAGAAAACCCGUAUGCCCCACCCAGCUCAGGGAGACCCCCGAAGCAACCACCCUCUCUCUCUGAGGGCAAGCAUGGGGCUUUGGAAGGCAAAGAGGGGCCCGGGAAGCCGUCCCAGGUGCUGAACUUCCAGAGGCACCCGGAGCUGUUGCAGCCCUACGACCCUGAGAAGCAUGAGCUGAACUUGCACCAUCACCACCAGCCGCCUCAGGGUCACUGGCUAAAAACCCUCCCAGAAGAAGGACCCAACGGCAAGAAGGGCUGGACUUACUGCUCCAAAUCCAGCCGCUCCCAGCCCGCCAGCCCUCCUCCUCUGGACGAGCUGGCCAAGCCCAACGUGACGGCCAUCCGCGUGUGCAGCUCGGUGGUCAUCGAGGACCCCAAGAAGCAGACCUCGGUGUGCGUGAACGUGCAGAGCUGCGCCAAGCAGGGGCCUUCGGAGGCGGAGGAGGCCCCCUCGCCGGGCGGGAGGCCCCUCCCUGCCUUGGGCCCGCACCCCCACGCCUCCUCCGAAGCCAAGAAAACCAGGCCCGACGUGCUCCCCUUCCGGCGCCAAGAUUCUGCAGGUGCCGUCCUGGAGGGAGCCCGCUCCUCCCGGCGGUCCUCCUCCUCCGCCUCCACGACGCCCACCUCGGCCAGCUCCCUGUACCGCUUCCUGCUGGACGACCAGGAGGGCGCGCUGCACGCUGACCACGUGAACCGCCACGAAAACCGGAGGUACAUCCCCUUCUUGCCAGGCACGGGGCGGGAUAUCGACACAGGAUCGAUGCCCUGCGUGGACCAGCUGAUCGAGAAGUUUGACCAGAGGCCCGGGCUGCAGAGGAGGGGGCGGCCCGGGAGGCGCAGCAGGAUCCACCCAGAGGACAGGAAGCGGUCCCGCAGCGUGGACAGCGCCUUCCCCUUCGGCCUGCAGGGGAGCUCCGAGUACCUGUCCGAGUUCAGCAGGAACCUGGGCAAGUCCAGCGAGCACCUCCUGCGGCCCUCGCAGGUGUGCCCGCAGCGGCCGCAGGCCCCCGGGCACCGCGGGAAGCAGGGUGCAGGGCACCACCCAGCCCCCGCCCAGCCGCAGGGGGCCCUCCCCAGGCCGCCCCAGCACAGCGGAGAGGGGAGAGCUCUGGAAAGCAAAGGCGGUGGUCAGGAAAGCGCAACGGCAACGCGCGCAUCCUCCCUCCCGGCACAGAAAAAGGAGGAGGAGAUCAAAACGGCCACGGCCACGCUGAUGUUACAGAACCGCGGGCUGGCGGCUUCGCCUGACUCAGGUGCCAAGAAGGUUUCUGUGAAGACAUUUGCUUCCACCUCAAAUACCCAGGCCACGCCGGACCUGUUAAAAGGCCAGCAGGAGCUCACCCAGCAAACCAACGAGGAGACGGCCAAGCAGAUCCUCUACAAUUACCUCAAGGAAGGAAGCACCGAUAAUGAUGAUGCCACUAAAAGGAAAGUCAACCUGGUCUUUGAGAAAAUCCAGACUUUAAAGUCUCGAGCCGCGGGGAGUACACAAGGAAAUCACCAAGCUUCUAACUCUUCAUCUGAAGUCAAAGAUCUGUUGGAACAGAAAACCAAGUUGACCACAGAAGUAGCUGAACUUCAGAGACAGCUUCAACUGGAAGUCAAGAAUCAACAGAACAUCAGAGAAGAGAGAGAGAGGAUGAAAGCCAACUUAGAAGAGCUCCAGAGCCAGCACGACCACAAGGAGAAGGAGAACUCGGAGCUGCAGCGGCGGCUGGAGGAGAGUGAGGGGGAGCUCCGGAAAAGCCUGGAGGAGCUGUUUCAGGUAAAGAUGGAACGGGAACAGCACCAGACGGAGAUCAGGGAUCUCCAGGACCAGCUCUCGGAAAUGCAUGAUGAACUGGACAGCGCCAAACGAUCCGAGGACAGGGAGAAGGGGGCUCUGAUUGAGGAGCUCUUACAGGCAAAGCAGGACCUUCAAGACCUGCUCAUCGCCAAAGAGGAGCAGGAAGACCUCCUGAGGAAGCGGGAGCGGGAGCUCACCGCCCUGAAGGGAGCCCUGAAAGAAGAGGUCUCCAGUCACGACCAGGAGAUGGAGAAGCUGAAGGAGCAGUACGACGCCGAGCUGCAGGCCCUGAGGGAGAGCGUGGAGGAGGCCACCCAGAAUGUCAAGGUCCUGGCCAGUCAGAACACCUCACAGCAGACCCAGGAGGGGGCUGAGCUGCGUGUGCGGGCCCUGGAGGAGGAGAACGAGAGGCUUCGGGGCAGCCUGGGCGAGCUGGAGCAGAGCGUGGCUCGGCUGCAGAGGCAGGCUGCUGACCUUCAAGGCGAUGAGGCCAAAGCCAAGGACACCCUCAGGAAGUACGAGGGGGAAAUCCGACAGUUAGAGGAAGCCCUCGUGUGUGCAAGAAAGGAAGAAAAGGAAGCCGCGGCAGCCAGAAGGGCCCUGCAGAGUGAGCUGGAAGAUGCUCAGGGAAGUCUGAGUCGGGCCACCCAGGAGCAGAAGCAGUUGUCCGAGAAGCUAAGAGAGGAGGCUGAGCAGAAGGAGCAGUUAAGGAGAAUGAAGAACGAAAUGGAGAAUGAGCGCUGGCACCUUGACAAGACCAUUGAGAAACUGCAGAAGGAGAUGGCUGACAUUGUCGAAGUGUCCCGCACAUCAACACUGGAGCUCCAGAACCAGCUGGAUGACUACAAGGAGAAAAAUCGCAGGGAGCUUGCAGAAAUGCAAAGGCAGUUGAAGGAGAAAACCCUAGAGGCAGAAAAGUCCCGUGUGACCGCUUCAAAAAUGCAGGAGGAGAUGCGCCUGAUGGAGGAAGAGUUACGGGACUCUCAGAGAGCUCUGGAUGAGGCGCUCACGAAGAGGCAGCUCCUGGAGCAGACGCUGAAGGACCUGGAGUACGAGCUGGAGGCCAAGAGCCACCUCAAAGACGACCGCGGCAGGCUUGUGAAGCAGAUGGAGGAUAAGGUGUCUCAGCUGGAGCUGGAGCUGGAAGAAGAAAGAAAUAACUCAGAUUUGCUGUCUGAGAGGAUCACUCGGAGCAGGGAGCAGAUGGAACAGAUGAGGAAUGAGCUACUUCAGGAGAGAGCUGUGAGGCAAGACUUGGAGUGUGACAAGAUUUCCCUGGAGAGACAGAACAAAGACCUAAAGAGCCGGAUUAUGCACCUGGAAGGUUCCUACCGGUCCAGCAAAGAGGGGCUGGUGGUGCAGUUGGAGGCCAGGAUCGCAGAGCUGGAGGACCGUCUGGAGAGCGAGGAGAGGGACCGGAACAGCCUCCAGCUCAGCAACCGCCGGCUGGAGCGGAAGGUGAAGGAGCUGGUGAUGCAGGUGGACGAUGAGCACCUGUCGCUGACUGACCAGAAGGACCAGCUGAGCUUGCGCUUGAAAGCAAUGAAGCGCCAGGUGGAGGAGGCCGAGGAGGAAAUCGACAGGCUCGAGAGCUCUAAGAAGAAGCUGCAGAGGGAGCUGGAGGAGCAGAUGGACGUGAAUGAGCAGCUGCAGGGGCAGCUCAACAAUCUGAAGAAGAACAUAAGACUGAAGAAGCUGCCCAGCAAAGUGCUGGACGACAUGGACGAUGACGACGACCUCAGCACCGACGGAGGGAGCCUCUACGAGGCGCCGCUGAGCUACACCUUCCCCAAGGAUGCCGCCAGCCAGCUCUGA